AUGAUCUCUCAAUUUUUUAUACUCUCUCCACAACGCGGCGAUACGUUAAUAUUCAGAGAUUACCGUUACGAUAUACCCCGUUCGACGCCUGAAAUUCUUCAUUCACUCCUCAAUCCCCCUUCUCCUUCACUUUCUUCUUUACCUCCGAUAAUCAACCGCGACCAAGUCUCUUAUAUUACGCUAACCUUAUCCAAUCUUCUGUUUGUCGCAACCACACGAAAGAAUGUAUCUCCAUUUGUCGUAUUGGAAUUUCUAUCCAGAGUCGGAGGGCUAAUCAAGGACUUUUGUGGCGGCUUGAGCGAGGAAAUGGUCAGAUUGAAUGCGGGAUUAGUAUAUGAGAUAUUGGACGAAAUUUUGGAUUAUGGAUAUCUACAGACUACAUCGACAGAUGAACUAAAAACUCGGGUUUUCGAAGACCCCAUUCAAACAAGACAGGAGAAUAUUAUACAGACAAUAUCAAAAAUUCAACCAACUCUGGGCACAGCCUUAGAGAGAACUCUUGGCGGCAAUAACACACCCUCAAGCACGCGUCCAAUAAUUUCUACCCGACCAUCGUCGACAAAGAAAGAAUCGAAUCCAAACGCGAACGUUGGACAGGUUUACAUCGACGUUAUCGAGAGAGUGACCGCUAGCUUUGCCGCAAACGGAAUGACAAGUAACGCGGAAAUAACAGGCGAGAUGAAGAUCAAGUCUUAUUUAAGAGGAAAUCCUGAGAUUCAUAUGACUUUGUCUAUGAUGUCUUUAGGAGAGAAAAUUGAGCAUGAAUACGGCUCACAACAUGGUUUGUUAUUGAAUAAUUAUCGCUUCCAUGAUUCCGUUGAUUUCAAAGAAUUCGAGUCGGCUAGAAAAUUAAUCAUAUACCCGCAAGAAGGCGAAUUCAUUGCAAUGAAUUAUAUUUUAAAUACCGAUGUACGCCUUCCUUUCCGCAUAUUUCCAUCGGUCACUCUCCUGUCUCCACCAAAUCAGAUGCACAUUGUUGUUCGUAUACGUUGUGACAUUCCACGCGAUCGAUUUUCAAACAAUGUCAUUGUAACGACUCCCAUACCACGUUCCACCCGUUCGGUCUCCUUCGAUCUCCCCGAUGGUGGUACGGCCGAACACGAUGUCAAGGGAAAGAAAGUAAAGUGGGUGAUAGAAAAAAUUACCGGAGGACUGGAAAUGAGUUUGAGAAUUAAAAUCAUAAGCACGAAAGACUUUACGGGAGUUAACAUAUUGGAAGUCGGACCAAUUAGGUAA